AUGAGAGCGAUCAUCCUCGCAGUCGGAGAACGCGAGAGAAAGGAAACGCAGGGAGAGAGAAAGGAGGAGGACGAGAAGAAGAACAACAACAACAACGACGAGAAGAAGAAGAAGAAGAAGGGGGGCAAUGGCGAAAGUUUUUCGAGCGCGAGCGAUGUCGACCUGUUGCUCGUGUUUAAGCCGUUGUUGCAAUACGCGAUCGAAUCCGUGCAAAAGUGUUCUUCUCUCGUGACGUCGUGCGUGGUGUUGGUGGAGAGAGAAGACGCGCAGUUCGCGAAAGAGUUGUGCGAGAAAAUGACGACGACGCAUGCGUCUUCGUCUUCUUUACCUUCGUCGUCUUCGAACAAGAGCACGACUUUGACGACGACGAAGGAGAAGAAAGUGAGAUUCGAAGUCCUCGAAGUCGAAGGCAAAGGCGGCGACGCGAACGCGUUGAGAGAGGUGCUGACGACGGAGAUGAACGAAUCAGACGACGAAAACGUUUUGGUCGUUUCGCACAAGACGGUGUUUGACGUCCCGCUGGAGGAGAUCGUCACGGCGCACCGGCGUCUGGACGCGUCGCUGACGGUUUUGAUGUCCGAGAGGAGAGCGUGGGAUGAAAUCGACACCAAAUACGGACGCGCGCCGAAGAACGCGAAGUAUAUCGGUUUGAGCGACGAUGUGGAAGAGAGGAGUAGUACGAGUAGGAAUAGGAAGAGUAAGAAGUUGAUGAUCAAGAGGUUAGUGUUUUCCUCGAGCGAGAGCGAGAAGACGGUGAAGAUUAAUCGAUCGGCGUUAGAUUCUGUCGGCAACGUUCGAGCGAGCGUGCGGUACAGAGACGUGCGAGUGUAUUGUUUUUCAACGGCGGCGUUGGUGAAAUGCUUGAAGAAAGUAUCGUUAGCGAGGAGUAAUGAUGGUGUGAAGAGCUUCAUGUCGUUGAAAAAUGACAUCGUACCGGAGAUGUGCAAAGCGCAAUUUUGGAAUACGGCGGCUACGAAUAAUGGCGACGACGGUAAAGAAAACGACGUCGUUGAGAACGGCGGUACUUUGAGCAGCGAAAAGCCCGUCUUGGCGAUCAUUUGUCGUCCGGAACAGCAGCGAGAUAAUUUUGCGUGCGAAAUCGAGCGCGUUACCCCGCACUUUCUAGAAAUCAGCAAAGAGAUUCUUUCCGCGGCGCAAUCUUUAGUCGGCCGAGAACCGUCCGCGAGACACGAAAACUUCGUCGCCUCUGACGUCGAACUCGGAGGUAAAGCCAUCAUCGGCGCGCACUGUGCGAUACUCCCCGGCGUUUCCAUCGGCGAAAAAGCGCACAUCAAGCGUUCCGUCAUUUCUCGCGACGCUCGCGUCGGCGCCAAUUCGAAGAUUACAAACUCCGUAAUCGGCUCGAACGCUCGCGUCGAAGCAAAUUGUCAAAUCGUAAACUGCGUCAUCGGCGAUCGCGCUUGCGUCGGUAAGAACAGCACUCUGAAAGAAUGCGUCGUCGAGUGCGACUGCGAAGUCGAGGAGGAUGAAAACGUGAGAGAGGAAACGUUAAGAAAGAAAGAAAGAAGCGCGAUAGAGUAG